AUGUCUUUCGGCAAGCUUUACGGUCUUCCUGACAACCCUCGCACCAUCUCCAUCCUGGUCGCUGCCAAGCACAACGACCUGGACUUGGAGCUGGUCAAGACCACUGCUAACUCUUCCGCCGAGUUCAACUCUGGUGCUGAGUACCGCAAGGUCUCUCCCCAGGGCAAGAUCCCUGCUUUCGAGGGUGCCAAUGGCUACACUCUGACUGAGGCUAUUGCCAUCGCCAUCUACGUCACCUCCCAGAACGAGAAGACCACCCUCCUUGGCAAGACCAAGCAGGACUAUGCUUCCAUCGUCCGCUGGUUGUCCUUCGCCAACAGUGAGCUUCUGCCCCGUUUCGGUGGCUGGUACCGCCCCCUCCUCGGCCUCGAGCCCUACAACAAGAAGACCGUCGAUGAGGGUGCCAAGGCUGCCCUGAACACCAUCGCUGUCCUCGAGGCCCACCUCACCGCCAACACCUACCUGGUCGGUGAGCGCAUCACCCUGGCUGAUAUCUUCACUGCCGCUCUCCUCACCCGCGCCUUCGCCACCGUCCUGGACAAGGCCUGGCGCAGCGCCAACCCUGCUACCACCCGCUGGUACAACACCAUUAUCAACCAGUCCGCUUUCAAGGCUGUUGUUGCCAACCCCGUCUUCGCUGAGGAGGUUAUCAAGUACACUGCCCCCAAGAAGGAGGAGAAGCCCAAGGCUGCCCCCGCCGCCGAGGCCCCCAAGCCCGCUGCUGAGGCUCCCAAGCCCAAGCACCCCCUCGAGGCCCUUGGCAAGCCCACUCUCCCCAUCGAUGAGUGGAAGCGCCAGUACUCCAACGAGGACACCCGCUCCGUUGCCAUGCCCUGGUUCUGGCAGAACUACAAGCCCGAGGAGUACUCCCUCUGGAAGGUCGACUACAAGUACGACGACGAGCUGAAGCUCACCUUCAUGGCCAACAACCUGGUCGGUGGCUUCCACGCCCGUCUUGAGGCUUCCCGCAAGUACCUCUUCGGUUGCCAGGCCGUCUUCGGUGCCAACUACGACUGCGUCAUCCGCGGUGUCUUCCUGGUCCGCGGCCAGGAGUCCGCUCCCGCUUUCGAAGUUGCCCCCGACUGGGAGUCCUACAACUUCGAGAAGCUCGACCACAACGACGAGGCUACCCGCAAGUACAUUGAGGACCUCUGGGCCUGGGACACUCCCCUUAAGGUCGGCGAGAAGACCCUCGAGAACGUUGACGGCCACGUCUUCAAAUAA